UCACAAGUCCAUCUGCCGUGCAGUGCAGCGGAUUCUGCGCACCUGAAUUGCGCACGGUUUGUCGGCCAGGUGUUCGGCCUCCCAUAUCUCACUCAUCAGCGACGGGUGUAUCACGCCACAGCCAUCUGCAGACACACACACAGAGACGACUGCUCUCCCUCUCUCUCUGUCUGUGUGUGUGUGUGUGUGUGUUUGUGUGUGUGUCGAGAGACUGACCAGUAAACUCGUAAGUGCCUUUCUGUGGGAAAUCGGGGUCGAUCGGUCGUGUGACGUCGGCUUCAACGAGCACCUGACAGACAGACACCACAUGUGUGUGUGUAUCUGAGGGUCUGUGUGUGUCUGUGUGAGGGUGUGCUUGCCUGUUCCAUCGGGACAUGGAUGCCGCUGCGUGUCGACGAGAAGGGCAGGCCCUGCGCCUUGACGUACUUCCCUGCACAUACACACACACACCUCACACAGAUCGCACAGACACACACACACACGCACGCACCGGGCGUGUCAAUGCCGCUGAAGUCGCCCAGGAACCUCUCGACAUCUUCCAAUGACAACCGGCCUGCAUGGCAGGCAGACAGACAGACACACAGCCGCCUGUGUGUGGAGGGGUGGGUGUGAGUGGAUGUGGCUUACUGCUGCUGGCGAAGAACCAGGAGGCAUUGGUCCGCAGCUGUGAGGAGCUGCAGCCGAGGAACCUGUAAGUGUGCUGCAGGCCGGGGACGCGGAUACCUGCACAGACACACACGUUUUCUCUCUCUCCCUCUCUUUCUCUGUGCGCGUGUGUGUGUGUGUCCGUGUCUGUACCGGCCUCCAGCACGUGUCUGAGCCUCUUCUGCGCGAAGAUCAUCCACUGCGGGUCGUCGCCAUAGAUCGAGCCGAGAUCCUCAUCUGCACCAUCCACACACACACACACACACGAGCAUAUCUGUCUGCCACAUGUAGAUCUCUGUGUGUGUGUUUGUGUGCGCAGGUACCGACGAAGCUGACGCGCAUGAACUGGUCUGUGUGUGUGCAGAAGUGCCUGAGCACCCUGUUGCUCUGCUCGAUGUACUCGCCGCCCACUACCACCUUCAAUGGGGUCACCUGCGGGCAUGUGUGUGGGUGUGGUGUGUGAGGUGUGUGUGGUGUGUGCUGCACACCUGCACGUGAAUCACGCGCACGCAGUGGUCUGGGCACUUGAUGGGGGUGCUGAUCAGACCGAGACUGCAUUCCAGCCACACAAAGGCACACACAGACGGAGAAAGAAAGAUGGACACACACGGGGUUUUCCCUCUCUCUGCUACCUACUUGGACCGCGCCCAUCUGGCAGCCUUGUCGAAAUCUGUAAAUCACAUACGAAUCCACACACACACACACACACAAAGGCACAAACACACAAAGGGAUUACGAGAGAUGCAGAACCUUGCUUUGGGUCGGUAGAGGGCCGGGCUCGUCUGAACAUGCUCUGAUGGAUCGAGGUGCACAGCACAUGCUCGGUGUCCCUUGUUGCGUGUGUCAGUCACUGGCUGGCGUGAGUGCGUGUCCUCGGCUACGUACGUCAAGGGCGAAGGAGAUGAUCUGGGAGGAGGUGUCCGGCUCGAGCAGGCCCUCCCUGACAAAGGAAGGCUCCACCUGCACACAUAAAUGACAAAAACCUGUGUGUGGAUAUGCUGUCAUGAUGGUGUUGCUACCGCGUUGCUGCCUUGGAGGAUGCCUAGACACACAGACACACACACACACACAGAGGGAGAGAGAGAGAGAGAGAGGGAGAGUUGCACGGGUGUGCAAACACAGACCCACAACGACAGACCAUUCGUAAUAAGCUGGUGGUACUGCGCGAGCAGCACAAAGCCGUCCUUGCGCUUCAGAAGCGACUUGGACACCCUAACCGACUCAAAAGUGUGUGUGUGUGUGUGGGUGGGUGGGUGAGUGUACCUGUGUAUUUCCUUUGUGAUCUGCUCCACUUCCGACGCUCUGUCGACCACACGCACCACAGGCGAUGGAUCGACGGCAUACCGCAGCCGACCGUCCCGACUGCAUCAUCAACGCACACACAUGGGUGUAUGUGGUGGGGGUGUCUGUGCUUCUUGUGUGUGUGUGCGCUGUGUGUGUGCGUGUGUGUCGAGACCUGUCGUGUGUGCCUUGCAGCAGGCCUGCCUUGAGGAGGGAGGGGGCGAUGUGGCUCUCAAAGUGGGCCUGACGGACAGACAUACACACACACACACACACGCAUUGGCUGUGGAUUGUAAAAGUGUGUGGUUUGUAUGUGUGUGUAGGUGUGUACCUUCUUGCCAGGGCAGACACACACGACGCACCAGGAGACCUCCAAAGCCUACAAUCAAUCAAUGGAUGGAUGGAUGGACACGUGUCACGUGUGUGAUGUCAGCUGGCGUGGUGCACAAAUCAGCCAGCACCGACCGUCACACCAUGUCGACCAUGCCCGCCACCCUGCAACCACACACACAGAAACAAAGACAGGUCUGUCUGUGGGUUUGCGCACAGCACACGCAUCCACCGCACCGACCUGUGGCGCCUCAUCUGCUCCGCCGAUGUGCCACGGGUCCGUCACGCGCACCCACUCCACUCGCCGCCAGUCCUUCGCGUCACUCGACAAGGUCAAGUCGACGUCGCUUGGGUUUAAGUCGCGGUACACCUGCGCGGCCAUGCGAAUGACACACACACACACACACACACACAUCUGUGUUUGCGGUGAAUGAGUAGGCUCACUUUGGGCGGGCAUGUGUACACGAUGGCCAGGUGCAGAUCGUUGUCAGUUGCUGUGGUGGUGGUGGUGGUAGUGGUGGUGUUGGUGACGAAAGGCCUCAGCCGCACCUGGUGGAACUGCCACUCCAGCUUGUAGGUCCGGUGCGUGUGCCGCUCCCUGCUCAUUUACACACACAGAGGGAGGGAGGGAGAGGUGCGCACACACACACACACACAGGGUGGCCUAGUCACUUGAAAGCGAUGCGCAGAGUGCGUCUGGUGAGGCAGAAGAAGACGGCGAUCCGCCCAGAGGGGUCGGGGGCACCCACUGAGAAAUCGCGGGACUGCACGUGUGUGUCAGUCAACACAGGCAGGCACAUUGUGGGUAUGGUAUGUCUGUGGGUGCCUUCUUGUGUGCAGGGAUUGCGUGUCGUUACAUUCUCAUCCUCCGGGUGGAUUGUGUGGUAGGUUUCGAUGGUGUCGGGCUUCACCUGAACACACCCACACACACAGUCAAGGCCACACACAAGCACCUACAGCUGCCUACCAUGUUGCCAAUGAGCAGGUGGGCGCCAAACACGGCCGCUGUGCGCUGAGACCUAUAGGAGAAGGAAAGAUGAGAGCAGCAAGAUUCGUUCACACAGGCGGACACACACACACACACCUACACAACUGAGCACCUGUUUCUGUCCGGCUCUUCGUCAGCCAGCCGCACGUCGAGAGCCCCGAAGGUGCCCACACUGGCGGACCGCAGCUGAUGCACUGCAUGCUGUGCGCUGUCCUUGCUGACACACACACGGACACAAUCCCUGUGUGGUGUGUGUGUGUGUGCCUGCCUGUAGUAUCUGAUGGCGGCCGUGCGGCGGCCCGACAAGUAGAUCCUGAAGCAAAGACACACACACACACACAGCAGAGCCGCUUGAGCACACACACACGCCCUCAACAACUGUGUUUCGUGCCUGUACGUGCCGACUCACUCAUCAAUCUCGCCAAAUGACCCAAAUGCUGCAGCCAGCCUCACACAAAGACACGCCUUGUCUGCCCUUGUGUGUCUGUGUGUGGGUGUCGGUAUCUGUGUCUGUGUCUGUGUGUGUGUGUGUGGUCUGCCCACAUCGUCUGCCCUCGACGGCCGUCUCCCUCAGCUGCUGCACAAACACAUCCGACGGCAAGUCGCCCACCAGCACAGUCCCAGAACUCUGCUCAAUGCCCUGCAGUGCACAGCCCAUCACCACAUUCUCUCUCAUGACAUUCAUCACGACCAUUGUCCUCCCUGUUGUCUGUCACCUCAUAGGCGAGUUCAGAUCUCUCCGUCACGCCGUGCUGCCCAUCCUCCUUGACGAGCCCGCUGAUAUCGGCAUACUCGCGCCCCCGGGACACGCGCUGCUGUCUGCGCGCGGCCAUCGCCGCCAACGCCCGGGGCCGCCUGGCCUGAGCGAAUGCAGAGAUCUGAUCAGUGCAGGAAGGGCCGGGACCUCACUCUCUGCCUGGGCGGCUGAAACGGCCAGCAGCAUCCAGCACCCUGUUGCAGGAGCUGCAGACGCGCCACAGCUCAGGGUGCCGUCGAGAUCAGGACAUUCUGAUUUUUGCUGUUAUUUCGCCUCUGACUGCUUGGAAAUCACUGUGUGGUGACGGAAAAGAG